UAAUAUAAAGCAGCGUAUUAGAUGAAAAUUUACGAUGGAAAGUGUCUCGUCAGAACGACGCCCUAGAGGAAUGCAAUCCAACUCGGCGUGCAAGAUGAGCGAUAUUCGUGGAACGGUUAACGCACGGUUCUCACCGCGCAUAUCCAUGGAAAUAAAAGCUGCUUUUGCCCCGCUUCUCUGCAAAAUUGCUUUCCAGAGUGGGCUGGUUUUUUUUUUCGUCAACGCCGUCAGCAACUUGUUGCCGCGCUUUGGUAUUCGUUACCGAGUAUCGAAUUCCCCCACCAAACCUAUCGGUUUUUGCAACGUGACGAGAUUCCCUUCGAAAAAUUGCGAUCGAGACGCGAAGGAUAGCAAUUAAGAAGCAUGCUCGGGCGCUUUGAAAUUCCAAUCGACGCAUCCCUCUGAAAUUGAUGCCGAGUAACCGUCUAAUCGAGGAACGAGAAACAACGUUCGAUCGGCGAUCGAAAAUCAUCAGUGAAUCCUGCAGCUAUGCUCUUCGAGAAAUAACUUUUUUACCCUUCGAGCGUAUCAAAUCACCGAUUCUUACCGAUACUUUAUACUUUUCCAACACAGCACGAACAAGAUAAACGACAAGACCACUAUGAAGGCGGUAAAGGAGCGACUGUUCGAAUGGGCUUGUAAGAAAUACGCGACGAAUAGUCUGUUGGACAGACGUCUACUGCGAGACAGGGCUCUGCAACUGGCAAGGAUAAGUGGCUCGAACGGAUUCAAGUGCUCGGACAGAUGGUUGACUACAUUUUUGAAAGAGUACGGCUUCUCUAGCGAUUUGACGAGUCAGCCGGCACCGAUGUUCACCGAUUACCGCGACUGGAUCGACCUGAUGAGAUCGACGAUAGUCAAGUACAGGCACAAGGAUCUGUUUCACGCGGACGAGCUGACCAUGUACUCGGACGUUCUCCCUUCGGGAAUCCCGUGCAACGGGGUCGAAGAUCCAAGGGCGAUCGAUUCAUCGAGGAACCGAGUGACGGUUUUAACGUGCUGUAAUUCUUCGGGAACGACGAAACUGCCGCUCCUCGUCUGCGGACCGUACGCGUCCAAGAUAACGGCGAAAGAGCACGUUUACGAUCACAGCGAGGAUUCUUGCAUCGGAGACGAGUUGUUCAGAAGUUGGCUGUCGAACGUGAACGAUCGUAUGAUCGAGUCUAAUCGAAAGAUCUUGCUGUUUCUACGAUGCGGCAGAGCUCGCGCGCUCAAGGAUUUCGUAGCGAGCAACGUACAGCUCGUUUACUUUCCCGAAGAUUUCCCGGCAUUUUUACGACCGUUGCGGAGGGACGUUUUCCAUUACGUUAAGAUGGUAUUUAGGCGAAGGUACGCAGAGCGAUUAAAGCGACAUACCAUGAAAUGGAAUCUUGACGACAUCCUGGCGUCGCUGAUCGAAGCAUGGGAGUCGAUACCGCGGGAACUGAUAGUAUACAGCUUUCAAAGGACCCACUUUAGGACCGACGACUGUUUUCUUCGGAUCGAUUGCGAUUGCUGGAACAGCUUGAAAGUCGGUAUCUCGUUCAAAAAAUUCGUGACGUUCGACGACGGUCUGUCGAGCGAACCGGCGACGUACGAAAAGAACCAUCGAUGUCGUUGUUACGAGCUUUCCAACCGCAAAAACGUUAAACGGAGCGACAAUGAUUCUGUGUUGAAAAACACGCCGCAAGGUAUCUCGGAAGCGACUGUUCCAAAGCUACCGAACGAAUCCGAUCGGAACCUUCGAGCGACGCCUUUAAACGUAAAGAAUCGUGCAUGUAGAAAAUACGACUGUUCUAUGGUAACGAGUCAGGUCAACGGUAACGCAAGCACAGCAACGAUAACGUAUAACACGAAAAAGGAAAAUCUAGCGGAAGCGAGCGGCGGACGUAAAAAGUCGCAAAAGAGAAUUUACAGCGAGACACGAUUUUCUACGAAGGAACGGAAUGGCAAUCGAUGUGCGUCCGAGCAGAGGAAUAUUAAAAAUACCUUUGUAUCGAAAUACCCGAACGUUAUCCGUUCGACUUCGUCCGGGGAUGGAACGUUUCAAACAGAAGCGAACGAGAUACGAGAGUCUCUCGAACCGGUCGUAGACGAAGCUUUGACUUUAUCGUCCAUUUCAACCGCCCAAUCUAACUCCGCCAACGACCUAAUCGAUAAUAUCAAUGCGACUGAUCGUGAAACAAUAAGGAACUCUGAACAUAACGUGGUAAGAAACAAUCUGACGCGGUUUAAACGCUUGAACAACGAACAAGGUGACGCAAAGUCCAAAUGCACGAAUCAAGGAACAGUACGAUCUAGCAUUUUGGACAAAUUUAAUCAACCGUCUACCUCUACGAACAAUUGCAACGUUACUUCCGAAGUGAUUGGCCAAGAUACGCCUCGAUUACGCAUGGAAAAUCGUAGCAGGAGUCAAAGUUCGAACGUAGUCACGAACAACGAGAGCAGCUUGCCUUCCGUUCAUCAGAAAAUCUUGAAUUUUACGAAGAACCGACGAAACUCUGUUUCCAACAAUUCCGAGGAUGAUUCUGAAACGAGCGAACCAAGGGAAAAGAAAUUGAAAACGAAUCAUAACUGGUCUAAACAGUUCGAAACCUCUUUCGUUUUUGGUUCUCCGGAUACGGAUUAUUCUUUCGGUGCUCGGCGUAAUAAAAAUAUCGCGGAAUCAGGUAUUUUUAACAUAAAUCCGUUUAUUUCUCCGAGGGAUUAAAAUUUCUCUAAAAAUUUUCAAAGCAGAGAAAUUUUAUAAAUUAUUCUUCCACGCGCAUCGAAACAAGACGAAGGACGAUUUUUUUAAAGAAUUUUAUUUCAUUAUACGUAACGCAGAAUAUUUUUAAGCUUUUUAAGAAUAUUCUUUUGAAAUAUUGUUUUUUAGUUUAAAUCGGGUUAUAUAAAUAUUUAUAAUCGAAUCAUUCUGAAUAUCGCUAUUGCUUUCGAUAUCUGAAACGAUAAGUCACAACAAUGAUAUACUCUGUUAAAGUAUAAAUGCGCGUAAUAUGAAAAAAUAUAUAAAAUAUCCAGAGUUACAGUGCUUUCUAUAAUACUCCAUAGGAAGACAAUUUUCUACCGAGAUUCUACUUUCUUAACUAUAUUUCCAAAAAUAUGAAUUUGCGUAGAAAUCCGCAGUCUAGUAAUAGAUAUCGAAGUUGAUACGAGUAUUCGACAUAUGCAGAUGAUGUUCGGAGAUUUAUGAUACAUUGCCGUAUCACUGUGGCAACUCGUACUAAUCGCAUGUCUGUUACUGAUAGAAUAUAAUGUAUACUUGUCGUCUGCGCUUCUAUUAUAAUUCCUGCUACUACCUUCGAUCGAU